AUGGGAUUUGAACCCGUUGGGCCUCUGGAGUACUCGUCCAGUGAGAUUAACCCUGCACCACCAUCUCCCCUGGACACUUGGAGACCUCCACCUUCGGAAGUGCCAGCAGUGAAACUGGACCUGGCCCCCUCCAAUUUCCCCCCUCUACCGGGCGCAGUGCUGAGCUCACAAGGAGAGUCUGUGUUGGAGAGCAGGAUGUCAGACGUGGUUCGAGGCGUUAGCAAGGACAAGGAGAUGAGUAAAGACGCAGGAACGAGUCCACCUGUUCCAGCCGCUGUUGAUGUCCCACACGACCCACCGCCUCCCCCUAUCAGCACUGAGCCGUGUGUGAAUUUAACGCUAUCUCCAGAACCAGCAGCGCCAACAGUGAGCAGCCCUCAGCCUCCCGAUCAGUCACCGACAGAGCUGACCAUCCAGAGGGACUCGCACCCGAGGAGUGCAGCGAGCUCGCCUCUGGCUGCGACUAAACCGGACCGGAACACAGUCACCCCGCUCUCCGAGCCCAGGAAGUUGAGCUAUGCCGAGGUCUGCCAGAGACCCCCCGCCGCCCACCCCGCGAGGGAGCCCAGGCUCGGCGCGGCCAAGGGCGAGGAGGUCGCCGGCGCCGGCGGAGCAGGAGGAGGAGGAGGAACAGGGGAGAGGCAGGCGGACAGGCCGCAGGAGCGGCCGGAGGGGAGGACCAAGGAGUGUCCGGCCCCCCGCGGGGGUCCCCCCUCUCCGGGCGGCGUCCGGUCGGGAUCCGGGAAGGCCAAUGAGCAGCCGCCACAGCAGCAACAACAGCAGCCACAGCCGGCGCCGCAACAGCAGCAGCAACAGCAGCAGCAGCAGCAGAGACGGCCGUUCACACACAGGUCGUUACCUCAGGGACCGGCUCGCCGCUCGGCCAAGGAGCAGAAUGUGCUUCUCAGAUCACCAAACUCUGUAGUGCGCUGGUGCCCAAGGCUUCUGCAGAUUCUGUUCCUAAUGUCCAUGUCUCUGGUGCUAUGGAAUAUUGGG